AUUUCCGGCUUUCCUAAAUCACCUGUACAAUUUUCCAACCUGCUUUUCCUUACUUUCCGGCCGCCGCCUUUAAGCUGCGAGCUCAACUUCCCCGCGGCCUAAACCCUAACCACGCGUACGCGCCCGCGCACACACGUCAAUACUUCACGGUUAUUCUCGUUUUGAAAUCUGGAAUUGUUAAUGGCUGUUUUUCUCUUCGAGUUCUCUUCUUUCAGGUAGUAGCAGUGUGAGGUAAUACUGGAGAUGGAAGAGCCAGGCCAACUGAAAAGGGCAUUUAUUGAUGCCACGGCUGGGGCAAUCUCUGGUGCUAUAUCAAGGACGGUGACAUCACCACUUGAUGUAAUUAAAAUUAGAUUUCAGGUUCAAUUAGAACCUACUGUUCAGUGGACUUUGCUACACAAGAACAUACACUCGCCAUCUAAGUACACUGGGAUGGUGCAAGCGGCCAAAAAUAUCUUUAGAGAAGAAGGCUUGCCGGGAUUUUGGCGCGGUAACAUUCCAGCCCUACUUAUGGUAAUGCCAUAUACUGCCAUACAGUUCACAGUCUUGCACAAAUUCAAAACCUUUGCUUCUGGAUCUUCAAAAUCAGAAGACCAUAUCUAUUUGAGUCCAUACCUUUCAUACAUCAGUGGGGCAUUAGCAGGAUGUGCAGCUACAGUUGGAUCAUAUCCAUUUGAUCUGCUAAGAACCAUUUUAGCUUCGCAAGGGGAGCCGAAGAUUUACCCAAAUCUAAGGUCUGCUUUUGUUGAUAUAAUUCAAACUCGUGGUAUCCGUGGUCUGUAUUCUGGAUUAAGUCCUACUCUAGUGGAAAUUGUUCCUUAUGCUGGCCUACAGUUUGGCACAUAUGACACGUUCAAGCGCUGGACAUUUGCUUGGAACAGUCUCAGAUCAUCAAAUACAAGCAACAAUGAUGAAUCACUUUCACGCUUCCAGCUUUUCCUAUGCGGUUUAGCAGCUGGAGCAUGUGCAAAAGUUGUCUGUCAUCCCCUUGAUGUAGUUAAGAAGAGGUUUCAGAUUGAAGGACUACAGAGGCAUCCAAGAUAUGGUGCUCGAAUCGAGCUAAACGCAUACAAAAACAUGUAUGAUGCUCUCAAACGGAUUUUAACCCAAGAAGGAUGGGGAGGGCUCUACAAAGGCAUAGUUCCAUCAAUCGUUAAAGCUGCACCCGCAGGUGCGGUGACAUUCGCUGCUUAUGAAUUUACAUCAGAUUGGUUAGAAACUAUUUUGACAUGAAUUCAACUCCGCUGAUUUCUUAUUCACGCUCCCCAUCUGCAGGGGACCGAUUUAAAGUUUGUUUUGAUUUUUUUUCCCUCUUUCUCCUCCCUAUGAUGAUGGGGGCUGUUUAUAUAUUGUUUAACUUCACCUGCAUUGAUGAUUGGCUGUGCCAUACUUUAUAGUUGUAGGAGGUAGAUUAUACAGAACAUUUUUUCAGGCAACAUGGGUUUUCUAUAGAGAAAUUGUUUUUGAGAAUUGGGAUAUGUUCUAUCUUUUAUCUUUUUACUGCAUAGGAUUGGAGGGGUGU